GCGAACCGCCUCUCUCGAGCGCCUCCCACUCCCCUCGCGCCGCCCCCACGCUGAGCCAUCGCGGCCAUCGCGAGGCGCUCGAGCUCCCCUUCAGGAACCUUAUAGAACGCCCGGGUCGCCAGCGCCGGCACCGCAUCGGGCCGCCGCCCCAUGGAGAAGCUCCGCGUCCACCGCUGCGGCGGCGGCGCGGUCGCGUGGUCGCCCUCCCCCGUCGUCGCUCUCGCCACCUCCCCCUGCGCCUCGCAGGUCGCCGCCGCGCGCGAGGACGGCUCACUCGAGCUCUGGCUUGUCUCCCCGGGCUCCGUCGGCUGGCACCACCAGCUCACGAUACAGGGGAACGCCGAGUCCAGGAUCACGUCGCUGGUGUGGGGGCGGAGAGGCGGAGAUGGCGAGAGCGGGCGGCUGCUCUCGUCCAGCGUCGACGGGUCGGUGGCCGAGUGGGAUCUCUUUCACCUGCAGCAAAAGACUGUCCUAGAUACUGUUGGAGUACCUCUCUGGCAGAUGGCUAUGGAACCUUCAGAUGAUUCCUUAAAGUCUGAGAUUAACGGCUCAGGAUUUGCCAUCAAUGGCCAUGCAAAUCAUAAUGACUGCAGCGACUCUGACGUAAGUAAUGUUGAUGAUGGUGACAACUCCGACGAUGAAGAUGGUUCUGCCAAGACAAGCUCUUCGUGCAAUGCAAAUGAAUUCCAGCGACUGGCCCUUGCCUGUGAUGAUGGUUCGGUACGCUUGUAUAAUGUACCUGAAUCAGGCGCAUUGACUUACUACAGAUCUCUCCCGAGAGGAAGUGGGCGGGUUUUGAGUGUGACAUGGAGUAAUAACGCCAGACUUAUAUUUUCUGGAAGCAGUGAUGGUUUAAUUAGAUGCUGGGAUUUGACAUCUUUCCAUGAAAAGUAUCGUAUCACGGCUGGACUAGGAGGAGCUGGUAUGGGACCUGAACUUUGUAUCUGGUCAUUAUUGUUUCUGAGGUGUGAAACCCUUGUUAGCGGAGAUAGUACUGGUAGUGUACAGUUUUGGGAUAGCCACCAUGGAACUCUUUUACAAGCUCACUCUAAUCAUAAAGGCGAUGUGAAUGCACUAGCAACUGUGCCUAGUCAGAACAGGGUGUUCUCUGCAGGGUCUGAUGGGCAGGUAAUUUUGUACAAAGUAUCAAAAGAUGAGUUUGGUGCUCAUAAAGAUAUGGCCAAAGAACAAGUGCGCAAAUGGGUCUAUGUGGGAUAUGUAAGAUCUCACACUCAUGAUGUAAGGGCAUUGACCAUGGCUGUACCAAUUUGUAGCGAAGAUGGUUUACCAGAGGAAAAGGCGGUGAAGAUUCGCCGUCGUGAAAAACCUGAAUUCAGUUACCAUAAAUGGGCCCAUCUUGGUAUUCCGAUGCUAAUAUCUGGUGGUGAUGACACUAAGCUCUUUGCUUAUUCAGCAAGGGAGUUUACUCAAUUUGCACCUCAUAACUUCUGCCCUGCACCUCAACGCCCUUUGAUAAAUCUGGCAAGAGAUAGUACAGUCAAUGGAGAUUCUGUAAUGCUUGUCCAAUCUGCCAACUGGUUGGAUGUUUUACUUGUGACCGUUCAGAACCAGUUAACUCCAAGUACAUCAUCUAGAGGCGAUGCUACAAUACGACACCUUGCUCGUUUGAAAAGCAAGGGGUCCCAAAAAAUCAUUUCUAAUGCUGCCUCGACCAAUGGAACACUUUUGGCCUAUUCGGAUUCUACGAAGCCCUGCCUUUUCGCACUAAAGCAUAAGGGUGGAAAGAAGUACAGCCUUGAAAAAUUAGAGCUGCCAAAACGUUUGCCUUGUUCUCAGAGUAUGCUGUUUACUGUUGACUCGUCAAAUUUGAUACUAGCUGGUCGUGAUGGAAAAAUAUAUAUCAUAGAUAUUGCAUCAAGACAUAUUUCAAAUGUGUUUCACCCUACAAGAAAGAUGGCCGGAACAAAAUUUUCUUCUAGAGAAUCACCUGUGACAAAAAUGUUCCUAAGUGCAGACGGGCAAUGGUUGGCUGCAGUUAACUGCUUUGGGGAUAUUUAUGUAUUCAAUCUUGAGGUAGAAAGGCAACACUGGUUCAUACCUAGAAUGAAUGAUGGUUCUGUUACAUCUGGUGGCUUUUGUCCCAAGAACAAUGCCCUUGUGAUAACUACAUCUAAAAAUGAGGUGUAUGUAUUUGAUGUAGAAGCAAAACAAUUAGGUGAAUGGUCCAAGCGCUAUACACAUCACUUACCCAGAAGUUUCCAGGAAUUUCCUGGAGAGGUGAUUGGCCUCUCAUUUCCUCCGCAGAGCUCGUCAUUGGUUGUGGUCUAUAGUACAAGGGCAAUGUGCUUCAUUGAUUUUGGAUUGCCUGUUAUUGAGGAUGUUCAAUUGUUGAAUGGAUCAGACAGACCAGCAGAAAAGCUAGACUCACAAAAGAGUACAAAAACAAAGCAAAAACGUAGGGCCCGCGAGGAAGAUUUUAGACAAGAGAAGAGGAACAACUUUGACUUCUUUGCGUUCAAAGAUCCAGCCCUGUUUGUUGGGCACCUAUUGGACAGUUCAAUUCUGAUAGUAGAGAAGCGAUGGAUGGAUGUGGUUGAAGGUUUUGGAGCGCCAGUUCACAGACAUAUAUACGGGACAUGAUUCACGGUAACAUCUCAACCUCUGGCACGUCGUGACAGGCAACACAUUCUUUUUUUUCAACUGAGCCAUGGCAACCAUCGAUCCUCCCGCAUGCUAUCUUUUGAAAAGUUCCUCGAAUUUGGCAGCAUAACAUGGCUGCCGCAUCUAGCUCUAGCAUGUGUGUUAAUGGUGUAUUCUUAUUCUUUUUUGCUUCACUUGAGUAAUCUAGUGGACUCUCAGCGCCGGUUUGCCAUACCAUGUCACUGCGCAAAGUUUUGUCACAUGUAAACACUGUAUUAUUACUUACGUUACUGUUAAUUCAAUAUAUAUUGUUUGCCUC